GCCAGGCUGUGCACCUGCGCCUCGCCUCGGCGAGUCGCCUUGGGACCCCGGCCCGGCCCGCCCGGCCCCGCCAUGGCCCGGCCACAGAGGACUCCUCCGGCGCGCAGUCCCGACAGCAUCGUCGAGGUGAAGAGCAAAUUUGACGCGGAGUUCCGACGCUUCGCGCUGCCCCGCGCUUCCGUGAGCGGCUUCCAAGAGUUCUCCCGGUUGCUGCGUGCGGUGCACCAGAUCCCAGGCCUUGACGUGCUGCUUGGCUAUACGGAUGCGCACGGGGACCUCCUGCCCCUCACCAACGACGAUAGCCUGCACCGGGCCCUGGCCAGUGGGCCCCCACCGCUGCGCCUACUGGUGCAGAAGCGGGCAGAAGCUGAUGCCAGUGGCCUAGCCUUCACCUCCAAUUCUCUGCAGCGGCGUAAAAAAGGGCUCUUACUCCGGCCUGUAGCUUCUCUCCGCACCAGGCCACCCCUGCUCAUCAGUUUGCCCCAGGAUUUCCGCCAGGUUUCUUCCGUGAUAGACGUGGACCUACUGCCUGAAACCCACCGCCGGGUUCGACUACAUAAGCAUGGGUCUGACCGUCCCCUGGGCUUCUACAUCCGUGAUGGCAUGAGUGUGCGUGUGGCGCCCCAUGGCCUGGAGCGGGUUCCAGGCAUCUUCAUUUCUCGCCUGGUCCGAGGGGGCCUGGCCGAGAGUACCGGGCUGCUGGCGGUCAGUGAUGAAAUUCUCGAGGUCAAUGGUAUUGAGGUAGCUGGGAAAACCUUGGACCAAGUGACUGACAUGAUGGUAGCUAAUAGCCACAACCUCAUCGUCACAGUCAAGCCAGCCAACCAGCGCAAUAAUGUGGUGCGGGGGGCUUCUGGACGGCUGCCAGGGCCUCCCUCUGCAGGACCUGGCCCUAUUGAGCCUGACAGUGAUGAGGACAGCAGUGACCUGGUCAUUGAGAGCCGCCAGCCUUCCUGUUCCAAUGGGCUGUCUCGGGGGCCUUCCUGCUGGGACCUGCGCUCAGGCCGCCUGCAUCCUGGUGCCCGCAGCUCUCUGACCUCCCUGGAUGAUCAGGAACAGGCCAGCUCUGGCUGGGCCAGUAGCAUGCGAGGAGAUGGGAGCGGUUUCAGCCUGUGAUGACAGUGUGGACACAGCCCCUGGUGCUCCAGGCUUCUGGGAUAUGAUAGGAACUUUCCCAGCGGGGUUUUUGCCUGCUUAUGGGGCCUUCUCUAUCUGGGGGACAUUAAAGAUUUUCUACAAA